UGCGGAACUGCGUGUGGUUGCUACUGGGCUGGCGGAGCGGGUGCCAGUGCUGCGUACCGCCCGAGCGGCGCUGACGGCUGUGAUGUUCGCGGUAUCUCGCCAGAUCGGGGCAGCGUUCCCGUUAUCCCAUUAAGAAGAGGCUUGGAGACAGAUCGUGAGGCGCCACUGGAGGACAGCAAGUUCCCCGUUGCAUCCUGAUGAUUGCCCAAGCACGUCUGAGCUCACCGCUGGCCUAGCUCCGCUGUUUCCUGGUCGACCGGUCUCCGGUCGAAGUGCUGCACCUAUGUCUCCGUUACAAUGACUUAGAAGUCCGCUUUCAGCCAUGGAGAAAAAGAUACCGUGCCCCCGCUUACUGGACUACCUGGUGCUGGUCGGUGCCAGGCAGCCCAGCAGUGACAGUGUGGCCCAGACACCCCGCCUACUGCGCCGCUACCCCCUGGAGGAUCACCCUGACUUCCCCCUCCCCCCUGACGUGGUCUUCUUCUGCCAGCCCGAGGGCUGUCUGAGCGUGAGGCAGAGGCGCGUGGGCCUGCGAGACGACACCUCUUUUGUGUUCACACUCACGGACAAAGACUCGGGCGUGACACGCUAUGGCAUCUGCGUCAAUUUCUACUGCUCCUUCCAGAGGCGAUUAGCUAAGUCAGAACGGCCCCGGGUGGCGUCCGCCGUGGUUCCUGCCCCGGCUCCGCCCGGCGACCCCAGCGGUGCCCCUGAAGAGGCGGGCAACGAGAGCUCAGAGAGCGUCAACUCGGUGCCUGAUGCGGGCAAGUCGCCACAGGGCAAACGCAGUGGCAGACACGGCCCACGCAGCCACAACAGCGCCCUGACCUCGCUGUGCAUUAUCAGCCACUACCCCUUCCUUUCUACGUUCAGGGAAUGCCUGUACAUCCUCAAGAGGCUGGUGGACUGCUGCAGUGAUAGGCUCACGCACAAGGCCGGCCUCCCCAAAGGAGUGCAGAGCCCUUGCAGGGACACUAUGUGGCGCGUCUUCACCGGCUCCUUGUCAGUGGAGGAGAAGGGCAGCGUUCUCCUGCAGGACCUGCGCGAGAUCGAGGCCUGGGUUUACCGCCUGCUGCGCUCCCCAGUGCCGGUUGCAGGCCUGCAGCGUGUAGACGUGGAGGUUCUGCCCCGUGAGAUGCAGAGCCCGCUUACCUUCGCCCUGCCCGACUCGUCCCGCUUCUCCAUGGUCGAUUUCCCACUGCACCUGCCCCUCGAGCUGCUGGGAGUGGACGCCUGUCUGCAGGUUCUCAGCUGUAUCCUGUUGGAGCACAAGGUGGUGCUCCAGUCCCGCGACUACAACGCCUUGUCCAUGAGCGUCAUGGCCUUCGUGGCCAUGAUCUAUCCGCUGGAGUACAUGUUUCCCAUCAUCCCACUGCUACCGACCUGCAUGGCAUCUGCGGAGCAGCUACUUCUCGCCCCCACUCCCUACAUCAUCGGUGUCCCAGCCAGUUUCUUCCUGUACAAAUCGGAUUUCAAGAUGCCAGAUGACGUGUGGUUGGUGGACCUUGACUGUAACAAGGUCAUCGUACCAGGCAAUGCAGAAACGCUUCCCCCGCUGCCGGAGCCAGAGGCCUCCGAGCUGAAGAAACACUUACAGCAGGCUCUGGCAAGCAUGAGCCUCAACACUCAGCCCAUCCUCAACCUGGAGAAGUUCCACGAGAGCCAAGAGAUCCCCCUGCUCACCGCCAGGGAAAAUACCUGCACCCCCUCCACAGAGUUUAACCCCCUGAUCUAUGGCAAUGACGUGGACUCUGUGGAUGUCGCCACAAGGGUUGCCAUGGUGAGGUUCUUCAACUCCCCCAACGUGCUGCAGGGCUUCCAGCUGCACACGCGCACGCUGCGCCUCUUCCCGCGGCCCGUGGUGGCGUUCCAGGCCUCCUCCUUCCUGGCUUCACGUCCCAGACAGUCCAGCUUCGCGGAGAAGCUGUCCCACACUCAAGCCGUGGAAUACUUUGGCGAGUGGUCCCUUAGCCCUACCAACCAGGCCUUUCAGAGGAUCCACAACAAUGUAUACGACCCCUCCCUGAUCGGGGACAAGCCCAAAUGGUACGCCCACCAGCUGCAGCCCAUUUUCUACCGCGUGUACGACGGGAACUCCCAACUGGCAGUGGCCUUCAGCAGCCCGACGGGAGCCGAAAAUAAGCAGGAUGACGACUCUGACCUCACCGACGACAGCGGCAGCGACAGCGUGGACUGCGAUGACUCCAGCUCCUCUUACUCUUCGCUGGGGGACUUUGUCAGCGAAAUGAUCAAAUGUGAUAUACAGGGAGACACGGCGAAUGAGGACCCCCUGACACAUGCUGCCCUGGGAGAUGCCAGUGAGGUGGAGUUCCAGGACUUCCAGGAGUACCGGGCCGGGGCGGUGGGCUUGCCCCUGGAGGGGGAGGGGUCCGUGGAAAGCCAACAGCUGAAGUCCAGUUCCAGCACCACAGCCAGUUCUAGCCCCAGCACCAUCAUCCAGGGGGUCAACCAUGAUCAGGCAGAACCAGCAGACUCCGAUGUGUCCAUGGUACCCGGCGGAACGGUGCAGAACCAUCUCCCAGUUACGGGUGCGCAGGCCUUUCCUGUGCUGGGAGCUGAGCAAAAGGACAGUGAGUGGGCUGCUGCUAUGGAUGUCCCGGGACAGAAGAAGGAGUAUGACAACCCGUAUUUCGAGCCACAGUACGGCUUCCCUGCUGAGGAUGAUACCGAUGCCGAUGGAGAGCAGGAGGAGAGCUACACCCCACGUUUCAUCCAGAACCUCAAGAAGCCUCCACUCCCUUUGCGGCCCAACAGCUUGAGGCUGUCUGGCGACUCGGACGGGGAGUCGGAUUCCCACGGCAGCUCCCCUACCUCCACCAUCUCCAACAACAGCAACGAAGGCUUCAGCGGCCUCAUGAAUUUCGCCAGUAACUUGUACAAGAACCAUGGUACCAGUUUCAGCCUGUCCAAUCUGGCCCUUCCAAGCAAAGCAGUAAGGGACAAGGCCAACCCAUUCCCCAGUCUUAAAGGCAACCGUCCCCCGAGAGCUCUGGUGGACCAGAAAUCCUCUGUUAUUAAGCACAGUCCAGUGAAAAAGGAGUCGUCUUCUCCUCAGGGGCGGACAAACAGCAGCGAGAACCAGCAGUUCCUGAAGGAAGUGGUGCAGGGCGUCCUAGAAGGCCAAGGUGUCGGCUGGCUGAACAUGAAGAAAGUGCGCCGCCUGCUGGAGAAUGAGCAGCUGCGCAUCUUUGUGCUGAGCAAACUGAACAGGGCCAUCCAGUCGGAGGAGGACGCCAGGCAGGAAGUCAUCCAUGAUGUGGAGCUCAGCCGCAAAGUGUAUAAAGGGAUGCUGGACCUGCUGAAGUGCACGGUGUCCAGCCUGGAGCACACGUACAGCAAUGCCGGUCUGGGAGGCAUGGCCAGCGUCUUCAGCCUGCUGGAGAUCGCUCGCACGCACUACCAGACCAAAGAGGCUGAGAAGCGCAGGCGGAGCCCCACAGAAAUCGCGGGCGGCAGCAGCCCGAGCAGUAAGGGCAGCCUGACGCCCAGGGCGGACACUGCCCUACCACCACGCCCUCUGCUGGUACCCAAGUUCCAGCUACAUCCGCCUGCCCCCUCCACCGGCAGGGGAGCUCGCCAGUUUGACACCCGGAGUCUGAACGAGGAGAAUUUUAUUGCCUCUAUUGAAUUGUGGAGCAAGCACCAGGAUAACAGAGCUCAAAAAGCUAUGGAAAAACUACAGAGGACGGAAGCUGCAAAAGCAGGCAAGCCGGUGGUGGACCCCGGGGACACGGAUGAGAAGAGAUCUCAGAUCAGUGCUGACAGUGGUCUCAGUGUCACCUCUGGCUCUCAGAAGAGUGAAACAGAGUCUGUAAGGACGGCGAAAUCCCCCAGCCUCACUCGGAGCACCAGCCAGGACUCGGAGGCCAGCACUGUGGUGAGCAACAGCUCCGGUGAGACGCUGGGGGCCGACAGUGACCUGAGUAGCAAUGCUGGUGAUGGUCCGGCAGGUGGACUUCCCCCCCACCUCACCGUGUCCCGGGGUACCCUCUCUGACAGCGAGAUCGAGACCAACCCUGCCACCAGUUCUCUCUUUGGCAAACCUCACAAGAUGAAGCCUCGUCUGGCAGAACCGCGAGGCAGCUUAAGGAAGGAGGCUCAAAUCGUGCCUCUUGAAGAUACCAGCAUGAGGAUAUACCUCUGCGAAGGUUUGCUUGGCCGGGAUAAAAGCUCUGUAUGGGACCAGCUGGAAGAUGCUGCCAUGGAGACCUUCUCUCUGAGCAAGGAACGCUCCACACUUUGGGACCAGAUGCAGUUCUGGGAAGACGCCUUCCUGGAUGCGGUCAUGCUGGAGAGGGAAGGCAUGGGAUUGGACCAAGGGCCCCAGGAGAUGAUCGACAGGUACCUGUCACUUGGAGAUCAAGAACGGAAACGCCUGGAGGAUGAUGAAGACCGGCUUCUGGCCACCCUACUUCACAAUAUAAUGGCCUACAUGCUCAUGAUGAAGGUCAACAAAAACGACAUCAGGAAGAAAAUCAGACGCCUGAUGGGGAAGUGUCACGUCGGCCUGACCUACAGUCAGGAGAUCAAUGAGGUCCUGGAUCGUCUAUCAGAGCUGAGUGGGCGGGAGUUGUCCAUUCGGCCCAGUGGUAGUCGUCAUAUCAAGAAGCAAACGUUUGUGGUGCAUGCUGGGACAGAUACAACGGGAGACAUAUUCUUCAUGGAGGUGUGUGAUGACUGCAUCGUGCUACGCAGCAACAUUGGCACAGUGUGCGAGCGCUGGUGGUACGAGAAGCUCAUCAACAUGACCUACUGCCCCAAGACCAAAGUCCUGUGUCUUUGGAGGCGUAAUGGCCAAGAGACCCAACUCAAUAAGUUCUACACCAAAAAGUGUCGGGAGCUGUACUACUGUGUGAAGGGGAGCAUGGAGCGAGCUGCCGCUUGGCAGCAGAGCAUUAAACCAGGGCCCGAGCUGGGGGGAGAGUUCCCAGUGCAGGACAUGAAGACGGGCGAAGGAGGGUUGCUACAGGUCACACUAGAGGGCAUCAACCUCAAGUUUAUGCACAGCCAGGUUUUCAUAGAGCUGAGUCACAUUAGAAAGUGCAAUACUGUGAAAGGAGUCUUUGUCCUGGAGGAAUUUGUUCCUGAAACUAAAGAAGUGGUGAUCCACAAGUACAAGACUCCAAUGGCAGACCAGAUCUGCUACUCUGUGCUGUGUCUUUUCUCAUACAUGGCAGCGGUGCGGGGGAAGGAAGCGGAGAGCAAGGCCAAGAUUCCUCUCCUGCGAGCCACACCCAGCUAACACCUACACCCAGCUAACACCUACACCCAGCUAACACCUACACCCAUCUAAUACCUACACCCAGCUAGCACCUACACCCAGCUAGCACCUACACCCAUCUAACACCUACACCCAGCUAACACCUACACCCAUCUAAUACCUACACCCAUCUAACACCUACACCCAGCUAAUACCUACACCCAGCUAACACCUACACCCAGCUAAUACCUACACCCAGCUCCUCCCACUACCCUCUGACGGGCCCCAAACACCAAGCCCUUGGCAUUUACACUGCACGAGCGAGAGGAGCAUCCAUUCGUCUGUCCCGCCAUCCCUUUUACUAGGCUUACCUUCCUGUGCCCGACAGCUCACCUGUAGGACCUUACUCUGUAUUUGGGACCAUUUCCACUGCUUUAUUGAAUGUACCACCUGCUGUUUCUUCUUUUCCACAACCUUCUACCCUGUUUUCCCAGGAGGAAAAUAAGACAAUCGGUAAUCCUGCACAAACGGUAAUCUUGGAAAAUAAGGAAGGGGGAAAAAUAAACUGGAGACUUUCUAACGCUCUGCCACCCUCAGACUUUCAUUCCCCUUUCCCCCAAAAUGCUGGCUGUAUAGUAAAUAUUAAUGUGCUUUACGAUGUCAUCGACUACAAUCUACAAGAUGCUUAAAAUGGUGGUAUGUUGGGAAACUCUCCUAGCUGAAGCGGACACGCUAUCGGCUCCUUCACCUCUAAAGCACACUGGGGAAACUCGUGGCACCAAUGCGAUAUGAACCACAACAGAAAGAUUCCCAUUGUUUGGCCUUUUAGCGGUUCCGUUACUUACAGUAAUUGUGAGUGGUCCAAAAUGUUUUGCUUGCCCUUGUCUUAGCUGCCGUGCCGGUUUUAAUGUUUGUUGUCUGUGAUCAGCACAGUUAAAACUGCAUGUUAAGAGUAAGAAGUUUUAAACGCUGUACAUUUCACUUUAACGGUCAAGCAUUGCUAUUCAACUAUCGUUCGUCCUCUAGAUGUGCAAUAAAGUCCAUCACCAGUUAAAGUGGUCCGAAACAAUCGUAAGCAGAAAAGUUGAACUUUUGUUUAACUGUAUGCAUAAUUUAGCAAUGAGAAACAGGUACAAUAUGAAAAUCAGCUGGGUUUGAAAAGCCUGUCCUGUAGAAAUAGGGGAGUUGCUGUACUUUUCAGUCCUGUCAUACUGUGUACAAGGGAGAUUGAACACCUUCUGUUCCACAGUAGGCUGUAGUGUCAUUCCUAGGAUGUGUAAUAUAUGUGGAACUCUAGAAGCCAUAUACUUUUGUGGUAUUUUUUUGGUUUUAUGUUUUUAAAGAAAGAAAUCCGUGAGUGUGUGUGUGUGUGUGUAUGUGUGUGUACAGACAGAUCGUUACUCCUUCCAUGAGAAAUAAAAUCCUUUAGAUGUACUGUGUGGGGAGAAGAAGACAAAUAUUUAACAGGAUGUAAAUACGUCUGUCGCAGGAGGAAUAACCUGAACGUUUUGGCUGGGGGAGUUGGGGAAUCCUGUAGCGAAGUGUGUCAGUGAUGUGUAGAAAUCUGCUACUGUAGAGAACAGGGGGAAGUGGUGUAAAUAUUUAAGUGUUAAAGGUAUUUAUAGAAAUUGUACAGCUUUGGCAAUAAGAAAAUAAAUGAUGUCCAACUUCGAA